GAAGACCAGAGGCAAAAAGGAAAGGAGAGACAAGAGGGAAGUGAGAAUUCAGGAAAAGAAAAGAAGGAGAAGAUGGAGAAGAAGGAGGAUGAGAAAGUCAAAGAGCCACAGACGAGAGACGAGAGGAACACAGAUAUGAUGCGGGAAAUAGAGGAUGAGACCUCCCAGCUGUGGAAGUCCAUGGGACUAUCCUUUGAAGACACUGAGGAUGGAUCAGAAGAAGACUGGAAUGAAAGUGAGGAGGCCAGUGUAGACCUAGACUUGCUCUUCCUGAAGGACAAUGGAAAUACCGAAAUAGAUAGAGGAAAAGAAAGGAGAUUGGAAGAGGAGAACAAAUCAAGACAGCUAGAAGUGGAGAGACAGAGAGAAGUGAAAACUGUGAGACUGAAAGAAGAGGAGAGCAAGAGGAAAGCCAUGAUGGAAAAACUGAAAGAGGAUGAAGGGAGGAAGAGAGGGAUGGAAGCAGAAAUGGAGAGAAAGGAACAGGAGGAGAGGCUGAGAGAGAAAGAAAGGGCCAAACUAAGAGAAGAGGAGAGAAAGAAAAAAGAGAUGCAAGAGAAGACAAGAAGAGGGCUGGAGCAGAUAACACAAAGAGAGAGGGAGGAGAAGGGGAAGAAAGCCAAAGUGGCCAAGAAAUUAAUCCAGGCAUGUGACAGCGAUGACAUUGACGUAGAGAGCUUGAGUGAUGAAGAUAUGUGGAAGGAUAAGGAGCUCCCAAUGGACCAAAAGAAAAGGCAGACAAAAGACGAAAAGGAACAUGCAUGGCUACAGGAAAAACACAACAAAGAGAAGGAGGAUGAGAAUCCUUGUAACAGGGAUUGCAGUGACUCCAAGACUGUGACUAAUUCAAAUAGUUUGUGGAUGCAUAAGGCCAAGAGCCCAACGCUGUCAGUCAACAAUGCAUGGAAGAUCCAGCAAUUUGAUAACACAGAGACUGAUAAUGUCAAACAAGGUCAUUCUGAGGCAGGCGACACACUUGUGAUGACACUGAGUAAUGAUGAUAUGAAUACAUGGACCCAGCUAAAGGCAAAAACAGAUGAAGAGGACGCAGAGAGAGAGAAACAGAGGCAGAUGGAGGAAAAGAGGAUGAGAGAGGUGGACAAUGGAGGAAAGAAAAAAGAGAGAAAAAAGGGGGAGAUGGUAGCACAGAAAGAAAACAAGACACCCAAGAUGAGCAGAGACUUAGAAAUCGUCCAAAAGAUACAGGAGGAAAGAAAGAAAAAAGAGAUGGAGAAAGCAGCACUGAAGGAGCAAAAAGAUGACAAGAGGAGAAAGAUAGAGAUUGAGGAGGAGAAAGCAAGAGAGGAGGAGAAAAAAGUGAGAGAAAGGGAGGAGAUGAGAAAGACUGAAGAGGUGAUGAACAGGAGGGGGGAGGCUCUGUCAGGAGACAGCAAUGACAGCGACGGGGCAACUGACUCCGAUGACUUGUGGAUGGAUGAGUUGGAGAGACGGGAAACAGAAAGAAAGAGAGAGGAGAUUGAGAAAGUGAGAGUGGAGACAGUCAAGAAGUCCCCUUUCUCUGUGAGAACCAGUAACAUCAUCAUCAACGUCAUCGGCAGCAGCAGAUAG